CACGCUGAAAAUUAACGAAACAUGUAAAAUCACGCAAAUAGGACGCGAGAAUAUCUGAUAUCUUGCGAGUCACGUGCGUGACAAUAAAAAUUCGGCACGUAUUCCUCACUCACCGCAAUGCCGCUGAGCCGUUUGGACGCCGUCUACAGGAGCAUAUUGCUCACGAAGUUCUUUACAAAAGGUUGGGGUAAUCCUGAGAAUUUGAAGAGGAUUUUUAAAUUCAGAAAAGUCAUUGCAAAUCGAGAAGCAUGCUACAAUAUGAUACCAUUUGACUAUCCAAUAGAGAUAACAAAAGAUGAAGAAUGGUCAGACUGCCACAUAAUUGAAGGACACUUUGAAUCACCUUUUGCUAAGCAUCUUCCAGGGAUAAUGCCAGACAAAACCAAAACAGCUUACUUUCAGAUGGUUUUACCAUCUAAGUGGAGUUCCUAUAAGAUAAAACCAAUUUGCUUACAUCUUGCAGGAACAGGAGAUCAUUUUUUUUGGCGACGUAGAAAUCUCAUUGCCAAACCGCUACUCAAAGAGUCUGGGAUAGGAUCGAUAUUACUGGAAAAUCCAUUUUAUGGAUUGAGAAAGCCAAAUGAUCAAAUACGUUCCAGCUUACACAAUGUGUGUGACAUUUUUAUUAUGGGGGGCUGUCUGAUAAUGGAAUCAAUCGUUUUGUUAAAUUGGUGCGAACAGCAAGGAUUUGGCCCGUUAGGUCUUACUGGAUUAUCAAUGGGUGGACAUAUGGCUUCUUUAGCGGCUACCAACUGGCCAAAACCGAUAUCGUUGAUACCUUGUCUGUCGUGGUCAACUGCUUCACCUGUAUUCACUGAAGGAGUGAUGAGUGCUUCAAUAAAUUGGACUCUUUUGGAGACACAAUACUUUUCGGACAAAGUAUAUCAGAACGUUCUCGCAAAAAUGGUUAAAAUUAUUGAUCCUGAUGACGCUUUCUUAGCCGGCCAACAUUUUGCGAAGCAUUAUCCUGCGAGCAUGAAGAGAGUCGAUAAGCUACAAAAAGAUCUCAAAGAAAAUAACAAUGACAAUAAUAAAUUUCAUGUUAAUAGUACAAAUUCUACCAAUAAUGGUAACGACAAUAAUAUUUCGACUGAGUACGAAUCUAAAAAUGAAAAUAGCCAAUUGCAACGUCAGAUCGCAGAAGAGAAAGCGGCGGCUAAAAUCUUUCCUCUAAAUUUGAUUUCCAACAGAUUCAAACCAAAAGAUCCCAAUGCUCUUAAAGGAGUUUGCUUAUUGCCAGUGUCGAAGCAUCCCCUGUUUUCAGACAACAAGUGGCGCGAGUACGAGGCGCUGCAAUUCAUGCGGGGUAUAAUGGACGAGUGCACGCAUUUAAAAAAUUUCGAAGUACCUGUGGACACCGAAUUGAUCAUUGCCGUAUGCGCAAGAGACGACGCUUACGUGCCGCGUGAUCAUUGCAUGAGCCUCGAAACCAUCUGGCCGGGGGCUGAAGUUCGUUACAUCGACGCCGGUCACGUUAGCGCUUACCUUCUUCAUCAAAAAGUUUUUAGAUCAACAAUAGCCGAAUCCUUUCAGCGAUCUUUGAAGAAGUAUCAUGUGAAGCAUCAUGAAGUUAUUUGAUGAUCGCGAUUGUACAACAAUUUGUACAAAGUUGUUUUAAAAGAUCAAACUUCUCUUGUAAAUUAGAUAAUAAUAUAGUGUGUAUGUGUGAUGCACUUUCCGGUUUAAUGACUGAUCGUAAUGUUAACGAUUUCACAAGCACACACGGAUACACACGGGUUUUAAUUUUACAUCAGUGCGACUAAUAAUAAUCUGUCAGGAGAGAGUACAAUCGCAAGUCAAUUCAACGAGUGUAGAGCAUAUUAGGUCUGCGAAUUAAAAUCUUGUGAUAGUUGCGCGCGCGAAUCGAAUGAUUUUUAUAUAAAUUUUGGCGCUCCAAACAAUUUCACAUAUAAUUACGUGAUAAGGUUUCACAAACAAGAGUAAUGACGAUAGAAAGAAAAAGUUUUACACAUCUUUCUUUCUUACUUGAUUUCUGUUUUUAGCGUAAAACUUUAACGACAAAUUGGAGAGUUUAUCAGAAUUAUCUCAAUUGUCUUAAUUAUUUCUAGAAUUAUCUCAAAAAAAAAAUGUUGACGAAAUUAUCGCAGACCAGUGUGAUCAAUGUACAAUUAAUAUCAUAUAUUAAUAUCAUAUAUAUAUAUAUGAUGUGCAUAUAUAUAUAUGUAUAUAUAUAUAUA